CACCACUACCACCACUACCACCACUACCACCACACACACUCUCUCUCUAUCUCUAUUCCCCUUCCUCCUUCCCCUCACCCAUGUCCUCCUCUGAGACCACCCCCCACUGGGUUCUCCAGCAGAAGAAGGCAUUCCGUGCAUGGGUUGACUCGCAGAUCGCAGAGCGGGGACUGAAGCUGCCAGGUGAGGUGGAUGAGGCCUUUGAGGAUGGACUUUAUCUGCUGCCGCUGGCCGAGGUGGUGAGCCAGGACAAGGCUCCCAAGCAUGUCAAGAAGCCCCGCAUGCGGAUCCAGAAGAUCGAAAACUGCUCGUUGGCCCUGGGCCUGCUCGUCAAGCACGGCUUCAAGCCCGAUGUGGCGCCGGAGAACUUUGUUGAUAAGGAUACCGUCCUCGUCAUGGGCUUCAUCUGGCAGCUGUUCGUCACCUGGGUCGGUGGCCAGGGCGACAAGUCGGGCGGCAAGGCCUCGGCUGACGAUCUCCUCAAGUGGGUCCAGUCGCGGGUUCAGGACAACGAACGCUACCCGGGCGUGCCGGUCGACAACUUCUCCACCCAUUGGCAGGACGGCAAGCUUGUCUCUGCUCUCCUCGACUCGCUCUCGCCCAAGAUCCUCGACUACGAGUCGGCUGCCCUCGACGAUCCCGUGAGCGCCUGGUCUGCCGCCCUCGAUGCUGCCGAAGACUGGCUCGACGUGCCGCAGGUUCUUGACGCCGACGACAUGGUUGUCGACAAGCCCGAUGACAAGUCGGUCCGCAUGCAGGUCGAGCUCAUCCGCCAGGCCUACCUUGCUCUCCAAGACGACGUCGACUCGGGUGCCCUCUUCCCAGACGACACCCCGGUCGAGGCUGAUGCUCCUGCCGUCACCGACGCCGCCGAAACUGCUGCUCCGCCGCCGCGCCGCCGCAAGCGCAAGGACCCGCGCGACGACAUCUCGCGCGACGAGCUCAUCGACACCCUCCUCGACAUGUACUCCAAGAUCAACUCAGACUGUCUCGCCUGCCCCGAGUGCGCCACAGACCUCACCCAGUGGGCCGCUGACCACAAUGCGCGCGUCCCUGAACUCCCGGCGCCACAGCAGUAGCCGCCUACCCUGGGC